UGCGGGACUGUUGCUGGGCCAUUUCGUAGCUUCCGGGAUAGUCACUCAGUGGCCUUACAUUCUACAUAUUUGUCAGGCAAGUUUGAAUGAGUCAUGGCAUCUUGAUCAAAGCUCCCUCUACUGGUAAUGUAUAAGGAGAUGUUAAAUAUAUCUAAGAAAUCAACUCCUUGCUUUGUGAACUUCUCCAGGCUACAGCAAACCACAAAUAUUCAAGCUGAAAUCAAUCAGAAAAACCUGGAAAUUGAACUUCUAAGACUAGAAAAAGAUGCAGCAGAUAUUGUUCAUCCUUCUUUUUUGGAUCAAAAGUGUCAAACUCUGCAAAGCAUGAAUAAUCAUUUGGAAGCAGUGCUAAAAGAGAAGAGGUCCCUCAGGCAAAGACUGUUGAAACCCAUGUGCCAGGAAAACCUGCCUAUUGAAGCUGUUUAUCACAGAUACCUGGUACAUUUGCUGGAGUUGGCGGUUACUUUCAUUGAGAGAUUAGAAACCCAUCUUGAAACAAUUAGAAAUAUUCCUCAUUUAGAUGCAAAUCUAAAGAAAAUGAGCAAAGCAUUAGCCAAGAUGGAUAUUUUGGUGGCUGAGACAGAAGAACUGGCAGAGAAUAUACUCAAGUGGCGAGAACAACAAAAGGAAAUUUCCUCUUGUAUCCCCAAAACAUUAGCUGAAGAAAAUGAUCUUCACAAACGUAUUGUAACAUCAUAACUCCUUCUUUACAAUUUACUUCUGAAGUUCAUGUCCAAAUUAUUACUGCCAAAUGAUUCAGUUUAGCAAAAAUGAUUUAUGUAGUCAUGUGAAGUCCAUUUCUAGUCAAUGAUAACAUGGGUGUUUAUAGGCUUUGCUGCUAGCAGUACUGAGAGAGCCCUUUCUAUGUUGAAGUACUAAAAUUCCACGUUCGUUAAAACCAAACUAACUGUUCGUUUGUUUUUCAUAUAUUUUCAUAUUGCUUUUCAAUAAAACUUAUGAAAAUCAAGUAUUACUAUGACAAUUUAUUAACAUGAGUGUAUUAUCCAUAUCUCCAUAUCUCAGGCAGCAGACUGUAUGUCUUUUUUUAAAAAAUGCUUGUUUCUGAAUUAGAAGAGUCUUGAAUCUGAACCUAUGUUGAUUGUUCCUGUGAGAUUGUCACUAAAUAUGCAAAAAAGUAACAUACUAUCUUUUGAAAAU